AUGAUGAUUGAAAGUAAAAUCAUAGCUAGUGGAUUAGUUAACGGAAUUAUUGUAGGAAAACAUUUCAAUCGUUGCAAACGUCUGCAUCCGUUAAUGGCUCUAGGCUUACAAAUGUUGCAUUUUGAUCAACUCUUAAAAACUCUUAAAAAAAGUACAGAAUUUGAUUUUCUCAAAGUGCAGAUUUACGACGAUCUUUUAGAGUACCAAGACCAAGACCCUCUUCUACCAUCAAUUAAGUCAGAGGAACUCUUAACUAAUGGCGUAUUAUCUAAACUUUUUUCUUCAUACAAACAAUAUGUAAAUCGAACACUGCAAGGCAAUCAUGGGAAAACAGCUCAUUACUACAUGAUUUAUAUACAGUUGGUCAAUUAUUACGUUACUUUAUCAAGAAGCAUACGCAUGGGUGAUUUUGAGAUGUUCAAAUAUAUAAUUCCCAAAAUAACUAAUUUGUUUUUUAUGGUAAAUAAACAAAACUACGCUCGAUGGUGUGUUAAAUAUUUAGACAAUUUAAAUAAUAUUAACGAAACGCACCCAGGACUUGAAGAUGAUUUUAAGAAAUGUUUCUUUGGAAUUAAAAGAACCGAAAAGUCUUUUUCAAGAAUACCAAUAGAUCUUACAUUGGAGCAAACUAUUAAUACUGAUGCAGCUAGACGAUUAAGUGGAAUUUCAGAUUUUACUAACUCUAUAGCAGCACGUCAACGCUGGACAAAAAGCCACAGCAUUAGAGCUGUGUUAAUUUCUCAUGUUCUUGAUGUUUGUGGGUUAAAACAAAAUCAAGACGUUACUGCAGAUUUAAAACCUAGUAGAAUAAAAAUGUAUGCAAAACAAGUAACAGAUUUUCUUAAUAUACUUGAGAACAAUUUUAAUCCAUUCGAUACAAGUUUAGAUCGAGAUAAUCUUUAUAAUAUCGCUACUGUCAAGCCUACUACUACAGAUGUUGCUGAAUUUUUGCUAAAUAUUGAAAAGAAUGGCGAUAUUUUAAGAAAACACUUCAUCAACGAAUGUGCUGAUAUUGAAGAGAGAUUUGACAAAAACAAACAAAACUCACUCUUGGUAAUAAAGUCGUUGAAUUGA